UUGUUCUUUCCAAGCUCAAGGCCUUUGCCGUCGCGGUUCCUGCUGCCAGACAGACCGCUUCCAACGCGCCAACACCCAGUUCUUUGUACAGGUGGAUCUGACCCUGAUACAAUGAUGGGAAUUGUGGAGCCAUGCAAGGAUCAGUCAGAGAUGGUACUUGUUUUAACAUGGAAAGAUAUAACAUUUACAAAUGGAAGCAUCAUCCAGCACUUACUACAGUUUCUUGGUUAUCACGACCUAUUGUCCUGCUAACAAUGAGCCAAUAGCAAGAGUCCGACAGGCUAGUGUGGCUGACUAUGAAGAAUCUGUAAAGAAAGCAAGAGAAGCAUGGAGAGUCUGGGCGGACAUUCCUGCUCCAAAGCGAGGAGAAAUAGUGAGACAGAUUGGUGAUGCCUUGCGGGAGAAGAUUCAAGUACUAGGAAGCUUGGUGUCUUUGGAGAUGGGGAAAAUCUUAGUGGAAGGUGUGGGAGAAGUUCAGGAAUACGUGGAUAUUUGUGACUAUGCUGUUGGCCUAUCACGGAUGAUCGGAGGACCCAUCCUGCCUUCUGAGAGACCCGGCCAUGCGCUCAUUGAGCAGUGGAAUCCUGUCGGCCUGGUUGGGAUCAUCACUGCCUUCAACUUCCCCGUGGCGGUGUACGGCUGGAACAAUGCCAUCGCCAUGAUCUGUGGCAACGUCUGCCUUUGGAAAGGUGCUCCGACCACUUCCCUCAUCAGUGUCGCCGUCACAAAGAUAAUAGCCAAGGUCCUGGAGGACAACAAGCUGCCUGGUGCGAUUUGUUCCUUGACUUGUGGUGGAGCUGAUAUCGGCACAGCAAUGGCCAAAGAUGAGCGAGUGAGCCUGCUGUCCUUCACCGGGAGCACUCAGGUGGGGAAACAGGUGGCCCUUAUGGUGCAGGAGAGGUUCGGGAGAAGCUUGUUAGAACUUGGAGGAAAUAACGCCAUUAUUGCUUUUGAGGAUGCGGACCUCAGCUUAGUCGUUCCAUCAGCUCUCUUUGCCGCCGUGGGGACAGCCGGCCAGAGGUGCACCACUGCAAGGCGCCUGUUUUUGCAUGAAAGUGUCCAUGAUGAAGUUGUCAAUAGGCUUAAAAAGGCCUAUGCACAGAUCCGGGUUGGGAACCCGUGGGACGCUAAUGUUCUCUAUGGGCCACUCCACACCAAACAGGCAGUGAGCAUGUUUCUUGGAGCAGUGGAGGCAGCGAAAAAGGAAGGAGGCACAGUGGUCUAUGGCGGCAAGGCCAUGGAUCGCCCUGGAAAUUACGUAGAACCGACCAUUGUGACAGGCCUUGCCCACAAUGCAGCCAUUGCACACACAGAGACUUUUGCUCCAAUUCUUUAUGUCUUCAAAUUCAAGAAUGAAGAUGAAGUCUUUGCGUGGAAUAAUGAAGUAAAACAGGGACUUUCAAGUAGUGUCUUUACCAAGGAUUUGGGCAGAAUCUUCCGCUGGCUUGGACCGAAAGGAUCAGACUGUGGCAUCGUAAACGUCAAUAUUCCGACGAGCGGCGCUGAGAUCGGAGGUGCCUUUGGGGGAGAAAAGCACACUGGCGGAGGCAGGGAGUCUGGCAGUGAUGCCUGGAAACAGUACAUGAGAAGAUCUACUUGUACCAUCAACUACAGUAAGGACCUUCCGCUGGCCCAAGGAAUCAAGUUUCAGUAAAGGUGCUUUAAAUUGACUUUACUUCAAGUCUUCCAGGUAUUCUUGCAGCUCUUUCUUCUGAAGAAGACAAAGAAAAUUAAGAUUUGCCCUGAAUAAAUGCAUCAUUUUGAGUAUGACAGUGGCUAAUCCUUUAUGCUCCCUAGGUCCUGACUAAAUCAAGAGACUCAUUUUUUAAAAAUAAAAAUGGUCAUGGCAUAGCCGUAUUUAGUAAAAAGAUAAAAAAAAUGGAUUUUUAUGUUACUAGUAGUCACUAAUUUUUUAAAAGUUCAUGGUUAUAAUUUAGGAAAAAUAGUACAUGCCAUUUUAGGGAUCUGGAAAAAUAGAACAAAAAUAAUAGAGAAGAAAAAAGAAGUCUUCUCAGUAGAUGCAGGAACAUCUGAGCAAGAAAAGAAUUCCCCGGUGAGUGUUGGUUCACACUGCCCUCCACUAGCCUGUACUGGAAGAAAGGGGUAUAUCCUCAUGUAUUGGGGGCCAUAGCACAGUGCCUGUGGAAUGGCCUGUUCUGUGAAAAACGACUAAGGUGUUCAUCACCACUAUGAUUUCUCUUGCUCUCGGUGGCUUGUGUCACCACAGGAGAAGUUUGUGGGGGACGUAGAUGUCACUCCUGCCCUGGAGCCUGCACCUCCCGUGGACUUGGCCUGUGCAGGAUUCUAUAGAAAGCGUGUCUGGAUUUCUUCUGCGGCCUUAGGCCAUCUUCUUGAGCUGUUAGGCUUCUGCACUUGCCCUUGGGUUUGCUCUCGGAGAAGGACCGCCACGUGUGUGGCAGUGCGUGUUGGCAAACUGAGCAAAGUGCGCUUGCUCUUCGCUGAGAGCCCUCCGCCUCUUCUGGAGAAGCUGCCCAGGGGCCCUGCGGAGCUCCAGCUGGCCCGUGCGGUCCUCCUCUUCCCGGCAGUCCACCCCGCCCCGGGGCUGCUGCCGAUUGGACCGGGGCAGGCGCCUUUGAAGAUGACGUUUGUAGAUGACCUGAUGCAUCAGGGUGUAUGGAGAGAUUUUCACAGCUGGCAAGGAGUUUGGGGUUGUUAUGACAGCGAAGCAAGCAAAUGAAAAAACUAAGUUAUAAAUGUAUCUGGGAAGGAAAGGUGCUGUGCUCCACGGCCCAGUGUGACUCGUGUGCGCCGUGUGCUGCUCUCAGCCUUCAGUACUCAUCGAGCCCAGUGCUGAUGGUACACCUUCUGAGAAGGUGUGGGCGGGAGAAGUUAGGGAUGAGGCGGUUAGAAAGGAGGGCAGUUCUGUAUGCUCCAUAGUGGAACAUCAGUAAUACCUAAAAUUACAAAAGAAAAAUAGUAACAGGGUUAUAAAGAUAGGGAGGUAAAUUCCGAAGGAGGCAUUGCUUCGGGGGAGGUCAGGUGGGGGGUGGAGCUUGGAGACAGGACAGAUUGUUCUUUUUUAUAACAAGUCCUGUAGAGCUCUUUUGUUCUUUUAAAUCAAGACAAUGUAUAACUGAAUAAAAAUUAAAAUCAACAAAAAAAAA